AUGGGAGGAGUUAGCACAAUGUUUCUCUCCAAGUUCUUUCCUCCUGCAAAAGCUGCCAAGUUGAGGGGAGAAAUCAACAACUUUUAUCAGAAUGAAGGAGAGUCAUUGUACGAUGCAUGGGAACGAUUCAAAGACUUGCUCAGGAAAUGCUGUCAUCACGGUAUUGAGAAGUGGAUGUUAGUUCACAACUUUUAUAUCGGGUUGUGCGGUACUACUCGCACUAUAAUAUAUGCAGCAGCAGGUGGAGCUUUCAUGAGUAAAGGGGCUGAUGAGGCAUAUGAAUUGUUAGAGGAGAUGGCUAUGAACAAUUAUCAGUGGCCUGCCGAACGAGACACCUCACAGAGAAAAGUAGCUGGGGUAUACGAAUUUGAUGUUAUUACUGCUUUAACUGCUCAAGUUGCUUCAUUGACAAAGCAGUUGCAACAAAACAAGAUCUUAGCUCAAGCCCAGUCUAUACAGAUGAAAGCAGGGUGUGAAUUAUGUGGAGGGCCCCAUUUGUAUGAACAGUGUACAGUGUAUGGUAAUAUGCCAGUUGAUCAGGCUCAGGUACAAGCAGUUGGUAAUUUUCAAAGGCCAUAUCAAAACCCGGUCUCCAACUCUUACAAUCCUGGGUGGAGAAAUCACCCAAAUUUCUCAUGGAGAAACAAUCAGGAUCAACAAUCACAGUUUCAAGGCCAAUACCAGCAGAAUAUGUCACAACAGCCUAUGAAUCAAGCCUCGUCGUCACACCAGCUCAGAUCACAGAUUCAACCAAAAAAGCCCAAUGAAUUGCAAGUAGCUUUGUUGACUCUUACUAAUACCCAAACUCAAUUCAUGACUGAGACUCGAUCUUCUAUUCGAAACCUUGAGACACAAGUGGGGCAGUUGGCUAAUAUGCUUAAUAACAGACAGCAGGGGAAUUUUCCUAGUAACACUGAAAUCAAUCCAAAGGAGCAAGUUCAGGCAAUUACUCUGAGGAGUGGGAAGUAG